AUGGCCCCAGAGCGCGCCAAGUACACGGACGCGCAACUAGAGGCGUAUCUCGAACGCAUCGCCUAUUCGCCGGCUGACAAGUCAAUGCCAAAUCUGGUUGAAGAAGCUCGCGCGCGAAUUCAGAAUUAUCCGCUCGAGAUCCUGUCAGAGCUACAAAAGCUCCAUCUUGCGACGAUUCCGUGGGGUAACUCGAGCCUCCACUAUUCGCAGCAUCACACGAUCUCGCUGCAUCCAGACAGUCUCUACGAGAAGAUGGUAGAGCGCCGCCUGGAUGGGUAUUGCAUGGAGAGCACAGGUCUCUUCUUCACCGUGCUGCGAUCACUGGGAUACCAUGUCUAUGCUACUGGCGGCAGGGUGAGCCCGGCCACAUCGAGCGGAAUUGAUACUGGACUUUUUGCCUCCUUGGGUCACAUGAUCUUGAUUGUUAUCAUCGACGACGCUAGAUAUAUGGUGGAUGUCGGGUUUGGCAUCAACUGCGCCACAGCACCACUACCACUUCAAGAAGGCGCUACAGCUACUUGCAUUGCUCCCUCGGAGAUGCGGCUUGUGAAGGAGACUCCAAUCGAAUUUAUCGACAAGUCGCAAAAGAUCUGGAUUUAUCAGACGAGAAAGAACCCCGAGAGUCCAUGGCUUCCUGGGAUUUGUUUCUCCGAGGUUGAAUUCUUGCCACAAGACUUUGAAGCGAUGAAUUUCUCCGUGAGCCAAAGACGUACAAGUUGGUUCACACACCAAUUUGUCUGCGUCCGCAUGAUCAUGGAUCCCGCGAGCAAAGAGAUCAUCGGUCAAUGUAUCAUCUCGGGCAAAGAAGCCAAGAAGCGGAUCGGGGGUGAAACACAGACUUUGCAAGUUCUGGAAAACGAACAAGACCGAGUGCAUGCCCUUGCCAAAUAUUUCGGUGUCCACCUUCGGAAACACGAAAUCGAAGGCAUUCGGGGCUUUGUGUCCGAAUUGAAAUAG